AUGGGGGCCAGCCAGACUGUGUGCUGUCUAGUGCUGCGUGAUGAGCACAUCGCGCGGUCGUUUGCGGUGGCCAAGUGGACCUACUGCGCCCUGUUCACAGUCGUCACUGUCAUAACAUGGGUCCUGAGGGACUACAGCGAUGACUGGUUUUUGAAACACAGCACGAUAUUUGCCUACUGCCAGCUCCCCGGCUAUGAAGCCCUUUGCAGCGGCAAGCAGGUCGCAGUGCGCAUCAGCUUUGCCAACUUCUCAUUCUUCUUCACACACGCGCUGGUGCUGUUCUGGUGCACCUGGGAGCGCGACUUCAGGGCGGGAAUUCACACAGGGCUGUGGUUCUGGAAGAUCCUGGCUUGGGGCGGCGCGAUCGCCGGGUUCUUUUUUGUGCCAGCCAACGCAAUCACGGUGUACGCACAGGUCGCGCGCUACGGCGCGGGCCUGUUCCUCGUGUUCGUCAUGAUCGAGAUGGUGUCGUGGGUCUACGACGUCAACGAGUGGUUGCUGCGCAGGGACAGCAAGCCGGCCUGGGCGGCGCUGGUCCUCGGCGCCGCGGUCUCGAUCCUCGGGGGCCUCGCGCUGAUAGGCGCAGCCUACUACUUUUAUGCGGCCACCCCCGCCUGCCACCUCAACCUGUUCUUCAUCACAUGGUCCAUCGUGGUGGGGUUCGCGCUCGUGGGCGUGCUGUUCGUCCCGAACAGGCUGGAGGUGGCGGGGCUGAUGACGAGCGGCGCCGUGUUUGCGUACUGCUCGUACCUCCUCUACAGCGCCCUGGGGCGCGUGCCGGGCGACGCGUGCGUGCGGGUGGCGGUCAGCGACCAGUGGGUGCAGAUCGUGGGCUUCUUCCUGGGAAUAUUUGCGGUCUGCUACAGCACAAUGUCGCUGGGGACGAGCUCAAUCUUCGGCGGCAAGCAAAGCGGCGACAGCAGCGAAGCAGGCGGCGGCGGUGACACCAGCGGCGGCGGCGGGGACUUGGCGAACGACAGCGGUCCCUUGCCAUACCGGCCGGACGCGUUCCAUCUAAUGUUCGCGUUGGCUUCCAUGUACAUGGCCAUGUUGUUCACAAAUUGGCAGGUGUCGUCCAGCACUGCCAAAUUUGAGCUGGGCACGGGGUGGACCAGCACCUGGGUGACCAUGGGCUCAAAGUGGUUCUGCGAAGCGCUGUACCUCUGGACGGUGGUGGCGCCUGCUAUCCUGCGCAACCGGGACUUCAGCUGA